AUGAAACACAAUCCAAUCAUGGAUCCUUCUCCAUCCAAGUGUUGUUGUGGCAACAAUAUUUCAUCCACACCCAUUCAACCCAAGAAAGCAUUUGCAAGUAUUGAAACAAGAACUUCCGAAUCCAACUCGGAAGAAGAAAUGCAUCGAAAUGAUGGCAUCCCUAUGAAUAGUAUAGCAGCUUCAUCGUCUCAGUGCACUCGACAAUCAUCACCACCAUCAUCUUUAAAACCACCCCCUCGAAUACUCUUAGAUGAAAGUGAUGAUAACUUUUCAUGGGUACCUCAACAACCUGUGACCUCAACAACGACCUUUUCACCUAAAAAAACUCAACACCACUCGAAUUCAACUGCUCAUCCAACUUCCCCUACUAGUACUACUAACACUAUACUCAAUUCUAAUCUUUCCCCUUUAAAACUUUCCAAUCAGAAACAUAAAUCUCAAAACAAUGUCAUGACGACGAAUUGCUCCUCCUCCUCCUCGUAUCAUCACACCUCCAUUCUCAAUACCACCUUGUCCAAUGAUAUUAGUGCAAGAAUGAAUGAAAAAACAACGAAUAACAACAACAACAACAACACGGAUGGUACUAUCACUCAUCCUUCCCAUAUACCUAGAUCUCCUGCCAGUAAAGAAAAGAGAAGAAAAAUUAAAAGUGCUCCAGCCUCUGUGAAACGAAAUAGUGGCAAUGAAAGAAAUUCUUCUCGUGGAAUAUUUUCAGCGAUUAAGGAAUUACUGACCAUGUGUAAGGGUCGCUCGAAUCAUGUACAACCCAAUAAUUCGAGUAUGAUCGAAGGUGAUACGACAAUGACAUCAGAGCCUAAAGAAACCUCUCAUGACACCAAUAAUGAAAAGAAAGAAGACUCAGUGAAUAAUACGAAUCAACAUACACAGACAGUUCCAGCAAAUCAUCGAACCGAUAGCUCCUCGGGACUAUUUCACAGAACAGAAUCCAAUCAUUCUGGUGAUAGCUCAGUAGUACAAUUACAUGACUCAUCAAUGAAUCCAUUUGAAAAACAAUCCGAAAAAACCGAAGUGGAAGUUUUCGAUUCCAAUCAACCACCCAGUUCUCCUAGUAAGGUCAACAACAGAAAAGCAAGAUGUGGAGCUCAUGCAUCGAGUUCAGAUUUCAUUCGAUCCUCUGCACAGCCAGUUCCUCUGUAUUUCUUUGUGUUAAAUGGUCAACAACAACAACAACAACAGCCACAAGGCUCUUCAUCGUCAUUCUCGCCCAAGAAAGCAAUCGCUGAUAAUCUCCUUUAUGAUCUUACACCUCCAACAACGACUGGAACAACAAACGAAACGACGGAAUAA